AUGUCAACAGUGGGGAUUUUAACCGGAGCGGCGAAUAGCCCGACGAAAAUAGCGGAUGAGAGCGCCUCGUCGGAGAAGUUGGUUACGGGGACGAUUAGAGUCACGACUUUGUCGUGGACGACGGAGAAAUCCUCCAUGACGUUUUGGAGGUCACCCAUGUUGCGGAAGAAGUCCUUGGACAGCUCUUUGGUGGGCUGGAAGUUGCGAGCUGGUGCUAAAGGAGGGCCACGGGGGGAAUAGCCUAGGUUUCGGACUUGGUGGUCGGGGUCGGAGGAUGUUGACGGGGCAGGGUGACGGGCGAUGAAGGAGGGGACGAAGAUGAAGAAGACGGCUAUCGCGAGGGGAAGUGCGAAGAGGAGGUAGGGGUCGAGGCAGACGAAGGUGUAGACUGCGAGGAGGGAGAGGGUGUGGGUUGGUUUGCGCCAUGAAAGCACUUUCAGAGCUCGAGACUGGAAUUUGAAAACCACACCAAUGCGAGCGUUGAAGCGGCGGAAGUUGUUGGACAUCAAAGGGAUAGAGAAUCCGGGUCGUUCGGCAAAGGCUGGAGGGUCGUCACCUCCCA